CAGUCGCAAUUUAACUUUAUCAUUAUAAACAUGUCUUAUCAUUAUUUAUCCUUAAAAAAAAAUAAAAAUAAAUUAUAAUACAAUCUAAAUACUAAAACAAAAACAAUAUUAAUUACAAAUAGACUAGUGAAUAAAAAAAAAUGACAAAAAUAUUUUAUAAAUUAUUUGUAAUUAAAUAAUUAAAUAUUUUUUUUACUAUUUUUUUUUUUUUUAAUACAAAAAAGAGAUAAAAAUUAUCAAAAAUAUUUAAUGAUUGAUGUUUAAUUGAAGUGGGUUUAUUUAAUUAUUAUUUUCUAAUUAAAUAUCUAGUGGUUAUUUAUAGUUGUGAUUAUUAAAAUAACACCUUUACACUCGUUGUAUUGAGGGGUCUUGUGACAUCCGGGAAGUGAACUCUAUGACCCAUCCAAUUAAAUACUAAAGCAAAAAUCUAUAUUGAUAUAUCAUAAUUAAAUACUUGAAAAAUACUAUUCAAGGUCAACAAAAAAAAUUAUUCGAAAUGGUAUUAAUUGACAGAGAAACUGGAGAAAAUUUAUUUGAAUUUAUUGAUCAACAAAGAUCUAUUAUUUUUAAUUUAAAUUCAGAAGAGAUUAGUAAUGCUGAAACUGGUGAGCCAGAAAUUAAUAUUAAUAAUGUUACAACUCGUCGAAAAUUUCAGAUACCUAAAGAAAUAAAACGAGAAUUAUCAUAUAAAGAAAAAAAAAAAAUGACUAAAAAAAAAUAUAAAAAAACAACUCCAAUUACUGAAGGAACAUGUUUUGGUCAAAUAAAUCCAAUAUUUUUAUUUUUACCAGUUAUUAUUUAUUUAAAAUUAUUUGCAGUAAUACUUAUGAUAUUUGAAUUAAUAUUUCAUACUUGGACACAUCAUAAAAAUAAAAGUCUUAAAAAUUCAGAUGUUUAUUUUCGUUCACCAUUUCAUGGUAUAACAUCAGAAUUUUGUGCAAGAUGUCAAGAAACAACACGUAUGGAUAAAGUUGGAAAAAUUCAACAAGUUCGUCUUCAUCGUUUUUUACGUCAAUGUAAUUACAUGAAAAGAGCAGUAACAUAAUUAAAAUUUUUUAUUUAAAAGGUAUCUGGGUAGAUGUCAAUUUAAAUAAGCCAUAAAUAUAUUUUUAAAAU